UUUGAGCUAGGUCGUAUUCUCGGUAAAGGAAAGCUAGGCAAAGUAUACUGCGCCAAACAUAAACAGUCCGGUUAUGUAGUAGCGCUCAAGGUGAUGUCCAAAAACGAUUUGGUCAGUCUCAAGCUCGAGAAAAACUUCCGCCGUGAGAUCGAGAUCCAGUCUAAUGUGUUCCAUGAGAAGAUCUCUCGGCUUUACGGCUACUUCCACGAUCACAAAAAUGUGUAUCUCAUUCUUGAGUACUCAGUUCAUGGUGAAUUGUACCAGCAUCUUAAAGAACAAAAGAGAUUUUCAAACACAACAGCACUGCAUUAUAUCUAUCAAGUGGCCCAGGCACUCGACUACUUGCAUUCGAAGAAUGUCAUCCAUCGUGACAUCAAGCCAGAGAAUAUUUUACUUUCACUUAAUAACUGUAUCAAGCUCAGUGAUUUCGGCUGGUCCGUAAAACAAAACGCCUCGCGUAAAAAGCGACUAACCAUCUGUGGAACGCUCGAUUAUUUACCUCCAGAAAUGAUUGAAUCACGGGAACACGAUUUCUACGUAGAUAUCUGGUCACUUGGUAUUCUUUGCUACGAGUUCCUUGUAGGUAAACCACCGUUUGAAGAAACCGAUAAAAAUGCCACUUACCGUCGUAUCGUCAAAGUAGAUUUGCGAUUCCCUGACUAUGUUGAUGAAGAUGCCAAAGACUUGAUCAUCAAGUUGCUACAGAAGUCGCCCAGCAGUCGGAUGUCGUUGCAGGAGGUGUUUGAGCAUCCGUGGAUUAUAAAAAACAAACCAUACUGG